UGUAGGGAGGAAGCAGUGUGGCUACAGGCAUCCAUAUCGCGAGGGAGGGGAAACCCGUUGCCUGUUAGAUAAUAGAACAAAGCUCCAUUAAACCUGAUAUAUACGUAUAUUUUGGUAAACAUCAGAUCUCAGACCACAAGGAGCUGGUCGGGUUUAGAGUCGAAGGCGUCCGGACAAGUGGGGACAGACAUGUCAGAAACAUACGAUUUCCUGUUCAAGUUCCUGGUGAUUGGCAGCGCUGGGACGGGGAAAUCUUGCCUCCUGCACCAGUUCAUCGAGAACAAGUUCAAACAGGACUCCAACCACACCAUCGGGGUGGAGUUUGGUUCCAGGGUGGUGAAUGUCGGAGGCAAGACGGUAAAACUGCAGAUCUGGGACACUGCUGGGCAGGAGCGCUUCAGAUCUGUAACCCGCAGUUACUAUCGUGGAGCAGCAGGGGCUCUACUGGUUUAUGACAUCACAAGUCGGGAGACGUACAACGCCCUGACCAACUGGCUGACGGACGCGCGGACGCUGGCCAGCCCCAACAUUGUCAUCAUCCUGUGCGGGAACAAGAAGGACCUGGACGCUGACCGGGAGGUGACCUUUCUGGAGGCUUCGCGCUUCGCCCAGGAGAACGAGCUAAUGUUCCUGGAGACCAGCGCGCUGACGGGGGAGAAUGUGGAGGAGGCCUUCCUCAAAUGUGCUCGAACCAUCCUCAACAAAAUAGAUUCAGGCGAGUUGGACCCGGAGCGGAUGGGCUCAGGGAUCCAGUAUGGAGAUGCAUCUCUGAGGCAGCUGCGCCAGCCCCGGGGAACCACAGCACAGACCAAGCAGCAGUGCAACUGCUAGGAGCCCCCCCGAAACCCCUGACCCCUGCCCCUGCUCCCAUACAUGCAGGGCGCCCCCUCCAGCUCUGGGUGUGGUUGGGUGUGCAGACCUCCCUCCUCCUUCCCACUGCACCCCUUCCACCCCUAGAGGAACCUGGAUCCUUCUCCCUGAGGACUACCUGUGACCCCUGACCUUCUGUAACGCAUUACCCUAUUGGCCCAGAGUGGGUGCAGGGCCCCUGCUGCCUUGGUUGUGAGACUCUGAGCUGGUGCGGACUCUGCCUCGGUGUGGAUCACUGGGCUGAGCACAGGGCAAACCAAAGGGGCUCCCUGCAGGUCAGGGUGAGGGGGCAGGUGAGAGGGCUGCAGGACACCAUUUUGGACCCUCUGUAGUGAUUCUUUUUUUUAACGCUCAAUCAUCAAGUGCAGAUAAUUUCAGGUAAAGGUAUAAGAUGAGUUUGAGACUGUUCGCACAUAUUUCUAGCUCAGAACCAGCCUUUCCAAUACUUAAAUGCGGGGUAUUGAGUAUUGUUUGUGUGUGUGAUAUCAAAGCAGGAUAGCCACCUAUGCUAUUUCAAACCUGUUCCCAACUGAGACCCCAAAAAGACUGCAUUGAGAAUUCUUCCUCUUGAAGCCUUCCUGCCUGAGCAGUGGCGUCAGUUCCAGCUUUCAAUGAUUCAAACCUAAACAUAAUCAAACGGCUAAUUUCAGCAAUAGUGGGAAUUCCUUAUGCAAAGGAAGCCUACCAUUGCUGUUUCCUGGUAAGGGAAACUCCAGAGCACUAGUAGAUCACUUGUGACACUGAUAUUCAUUGAUUAUGAAUGUUAACCCAUUGUAUAGUAUUGCCAAAGUAACUGUCAAAGAUUCAGCUUUAUUGAAAUGGAAACACCUAACAAUCCCCAGAGAUGCCUUCUGGCAAAAGCAGAGAGCUUCCCUUGAGUUUUCUUUUCUUUUACAUUUUUUUUCCCUUUUGCAUUGACACUUUUAGAGGUUGCACACAUUUCCAUAGCAACCGGUCUUUAACAAGAGUUUAAACAGUCUCUUUGAUGGAGGGGAAAGAGCCAGUCAGAGUCUGCCGUAAUGGAAGCAAGCCUGUUGAAAGCACAAUGUAGAGUGAGCUUUUGGCAAGCCAAGGUUUUCAAGGUGAUUCCUGUAGAAUGUUAUUCUGUACACUGCUAACAUUAUUGUUUGCUAGUGCUGUCUCUUCCAAAGCAAGGGCCUCGUUCUGCAGCCCCAUCACUCUCCCUGUUGUGAGAGAUGUCCAGAUCAGGGCUGGGUUCCUUUUAACCCUUCACACCCCUCUCCUCCCGCCUUUCCCAAUUCUCUGCCAUACUCUGGAUGGUGGUGGCUUAAGACGUCAGUAAGGAAAGGUCAGACUCCCAAGGCCAAGACUUGAAUUUAACAUCAUACAGCAAAAUACAUGAAGAUAUACCUAUUUACUGCAGUCCUCAAUAGGCUGCUUGGUUUCCACAGGGUUUCAAUGCACUUUCUAAUGUGCAGCUGACUGAGGUGAAAAUCCAUGCUGGCUGUAUUGACUUGUCAGUCAACUGCUGUUUUUACAUGAUGCACUAUUACAGGUGGUUAACCAUGAAGAAUGCUAAUAAACUGCAGUAAACAGGGUGUGUGGCGGGGGGGUGAGCGGGGAGUGGGGAGUGGGGAGUGGGGGCAGCGUUCUUUUCCCUAUUUCCUUCUCUUGGCUGGUUUGAGACAACACACUUCAGCCGAAGCGUAAGGGGAUUGUUAAGGUGUGAUGCAGUGUGAUUGACUGAACUGGAAUUCACAUAAAAUGGUAACUACUCUCAAAUCUGCAACUACACCGACAUCUUUUUCAAAGGUUUAAUCUGCCAGCCCCUGUGCAGUACUUUAAAGUGUCACCUAAGAGAGAGGAGAAAUGAGUGAUCAGUGAUUUACAUUGCAGACAUCAUUCACGAUGUGAGUAGUUGGAACUCAGUGAAAAUUAAGUCUGUUUCAAAAUGACCGUCACAGAAAGUGUUUAGAAGUUUAUACUGAGCGUUCAAGCUGUAUUGCUUUGUACAUGGAAUUGGGCCCAUCAGGGUUUACAUGCAUAUUGCCCUCAACAAAAUAUUAAAUCCUAAUAACUUUGUGAUGUAAUGGCUGUCCUGCAGCUGAAACCAGAGGCAGUUAGGGGCAGAUUUUGGUGCACCAGCCAGGAGAAAAUGGGAACCACAAUAUCUCUGCCAUACUUUCUUAAUCCCUUGACUGUGAUGCUGUCUAGCUGUAGACAGUCUAAUUUCUUUGAUUUUCCUCAA